UCGACCGACGACACCGCUACUGUCCGUGUUUCGCCGUGUAUACGUGUUGAUAAUAUUAUAAUAAUAUUAWUGUUGCAAUAAAAUAAUAUUAUAUUAUCGUUUGCCGUUCGUAGUGUUCCCAUAACGUUUAAUAACACAUUCGCCGGUGUUGCAAUCGAUCGAGUKUGCGCUUUUAAUUGAUCAUAUAUUAUUUUAAAUUUCUCGCGUUCUCCAAUUAAAUAUUUUUGAUAUUUUAAUACACUUCUAUUGGUCGUUUAUAGCCGCACAAAAAAAMAUCAAAAUCGAAAUUWUUCGUUUUAUGAAUUCGCGCGCAUCGUCCGCUGCGGUCUACCGGUGAUAGGUAAGCCGCGCGCGUUGAAUGCGCUUUACAAACGGUUCGUGCGGACACACAUGCUAGAACAGACCGGAGCAGCAAAUAUGACAGUCUUAACGCUCAACCAUCUGUUGCCGCCGCCGCCGCCGACGCCGUCCGCCAACAGUGGCGGUCCGCAACCGCAACAGCAACAGCAGCAGCAACAACAGCAACGGGCAGCCGCCGGAGCUGACAGCAACGGCGCCGACGACGUGCAGCAAAACGGCAAGACGUCGCGUAUGAUGACUGUCGCGGCCGCAGCCGCCAACAUGUCGACGGCGGCGAUGAUGAUGGGCGGCGGUCCACCGACGGGCGUCGGCCACCACCACCACCAYCAUCACCACCACGGCCACAACCAUCACAGCAAUCAAUUGCACAACAAUAACAAUAACAACGAUGACACGGCCAGCAGCCCACGGUCAUCCGUCGUGGCGGCAGCUCGACCGUCCGGUCACAUCAAGUUCAGCGUGGCCGCGCUGUUGGCYGACACUAGGCCUGUCCGGUCACCCACGCCCGGGUCCGUGUACGACGACGACAUGGACACGCCGGACGACGACGAGGACGACCGCAACAGCGUGGACGUGGAGACGACCGACGGCGGCGUAGCGGUUGGCCGGCGGUGCUCGUCCAGCACGCCGGACCGCGGCCGCUCGCCGAUGCCGCUUCACACGUCGUCGCCUCCGCUGUCGCAUCACCAGCACCACGGCGGUCACCCGUUCCAGCAGCCCGGCGGGUCCAUGGCGGCCCGCGCCGCGUUUAUGAUGUCCGGCGGCGGUGCGUCCGUCACUAGCGGCACCGGCGGUCAUCAUCACCAUCCCGUCGCGCCGGUGCGGCCGACACCGUUCACGGCGUUCGCCGCGGCCGCGGCAGCCGCCUAUUCGGCGGCCGGUAUGCAGCACCCCGCUGCCCCCGGAGCGUGGCACCCACAUUAYGCCGGUGCAUUUCCUGGGUUCGGUUCCACCGGUCUCAACUCCGGAUCGCCCGAUUCCAACAACGGCGAACCGCCCAAACUCAAAUGUAACCUGCGGAAGCACAAGCCAAACAGGAAGCCCCGGACGCCGUUCACCACGCAACAGUUAUUGAACCUGGAGAAAAAGUUCCGGGAAAAACAGUACCUGAGCAUCGCCGAACGGGCAGAGUUUUCCAAUUCGCUGCACCUGACCGAAACACAGGUGAAGAUAUGGUUCCAAAACCGCAGAGCCAAAGCCAAGCGGCUGCAAGAGGCCGAGAUCGAAAAACUGAAGAUGGCUGCGGUAGCCGCGGCCAGGCCUCAUCACCCGCUGUACGGCAACCCGCACCUGCCGCACUACUUCCAACACCCGUCCGAGCUGUUCGGCCACCCGCACCAACUGCAAUCGCUCCUGUCGCACCGGCCCACCAUGGCGCACCUCAUCGCCCAAGGCCUGCAACAGCAACAACAGCAGCAGCAGCAGCAACAGCAACAGCAACAGGGCCCGCCGCCGACGCACCAGCCGGCCGGCGGACAGGUACAGCARGCUCAUACGUCGCCCGCGCGCUCGUCGAUGUCGCCCGGCGGCGGUCGGCGGUCCGCCACCCCCGCGUCACCCUCGCCGUCGAUGGGCGGCGGGGGCCCGGGGUCUACCACGAGCGUCUAGUGCGGUCCUCGCGCACGGCAAAACGGUAUUUAAAGACUAUACGCGCCGCGUAUCUAUCUCGUUCUAUUUUAUUAUAUAAUAUAUAUAUAUAUAAUAUUAUUGUAAUAUUAUGUUAUUAUAUUGUAUAAACCAUUGUCUUAUACAAUUAUUAUUAUUAUUAUCAUUAUAACUACUUUAUCAUUGUACAUGGAAACUAGUCACCUGCAAAGAAAAAAUUAAAAACGAACCGUCGUAGCGGCGUUGAAUGUGAUAGAAUAUAAUACUAU